AAAUAGCAACCGGGCUGCGGGCUUUUGGUGAGAGGAGGCCUCAGCAGGGAGGGGACGGGGCAGGAGGCAGGCAGACAGGCAGGCUCAUCCACCCUAAACACUGCAAUAGUUCAAGUUGAGAGGGACAGAGGGGGGAAAGGGAGUGAGAAAACAGGAGGAGAAAUGGGGCAGAAAGGUUCCACAGAGAAGACGGAGGGCAAGAAGAGGAGAGAUGGAAGUCCAGAGCCAGGACAAAGCAAAAGGUGCAGAGGCUGCUGCUUCCCACUGCUCGUCGCCCUGCUCCAGCUGCUGCUGGGGGUGGCUGUCGCAGUCGUGGCCUUCCUCAUGUCGGCCAUCAGCCCCUCGCUCCUGAUUCGGGAGACGCCACACUGGGCGGGGAUCAUCCUCUUUUUCGUCUCCAUCGUGGGCUUCGUCCUCUGCUGUAUCACCUACGUCCCCGACGAGAGGACGUCUCUGCAGUUCAUUGUCAAGCUCCUCUACUUUAUCCUGUGUGUCAUCGGCCUGGUCAUUUCCGUGCUGGUCAUAGCGUUCGCUGGACACCACUACUCACUGACCAGUAGCCUCAGCUGCGAGCAGGUGGAAGGGGACUGCGCGUGCACCCUGGACCGAGACGACCCAAUCGCCCGCACCUUCGUCUACGAGGCCGCCGGCGACUGUGAGGCGAUCAGCGGGACGCUCACGCUCUACUUCCUGAUCCAGAUCAUGCUGAACGUGGCCCAAGCGCUCGUCUGUGCCGUCGGGGCCUUCAUCAUGUGGAAGGACCGGUACCAGGUGUUCUUCGCCGGGCUUCAGAUCGCCGCUCCCUCCACUCAGCACUGGCAGAGGGUUUAAUGUGAUGAGGACAGGGUUGAUGGGAUGAGUCUAAUCAGCCGGUUCAGGAUGGAGGGAAUCUGCUUCUGGUGUGUGUGUUUACUCUGAGACGUUUAUAUCAACCUUGAAUGGCUUUUUGCACAGAUUUUGUAUAAGUACGAUUUUUCACUUCCAGCUGCUGAUGUUAUACAACUUGUAUAGAAUGAAAAGAAGAAGAUCUGGUCUACUUGGGAAAAGUUAAAGUGAUUUUUUUUGUGUUCCUGCACGAUAAUGAAUUCUUCAAAAUGUUUCUAAUUAUGUUGAUGUUGAUCUUGAGACAUAUGACUUAUAUAUGAUUACAGAACGAGACAACACAUGUAUUUGUUUUGCACUUAACUCUCAAAAUAUAUCAGCAAAAAUGUC